AUGGACCCGCUACAUGGGGUACCACCCCGGUGCUGGCCAAAUGAAACUGGCCUGCUUGAAUUUCAUAGUCUCCAUGGCUGUCGCUAUGUCACGUGCCCUAAAUCUCUCUGUCACGAAUUUGACGCUACAUCCAAGCCAUUGAAUCUGCCCGCUUUCAUUCAUCAUGUCCCUGACUAUAUGUCUCCUCGGAUCUCGUUCUUCGAAACCGUAUUUCUUUGCAACAUCCCACCUUUCAUAUUGCCACCUCCUCUACAUAACACAUACGUAACACAUUUACCAAAACUCGCAGUCUCUAAAUUCGUCAGUUGUUUUACACUAACUGGCUCCUGGUUUGAAACUGUGAUCGUGCCAAUCCCGCACAAGGCGUUCGUCAACUGUUGUCUGCAACAUUCACCUCCGGUCAGACUUUCGUGUUGCUCGCUCCUCAGCACAUUACAUCACAUCGGUCGCGGGCCUUUCAAAUUUAGUUCUGACGCUGUCACCAAAAGUCUGAAUACUACGCUGCAAGACUGA